ACUUCAUUAUCAGGUCGCCGUGGGAAAAAGAACAGGUGCCUCCAUCACCUUGAGCAGAGAGGUGCUCUGCUAUAAGAGGCACUGGGGGUCGCACGGUCACUGUUGGCCAGGAUGAGGGUGCUGAUUCUUCUCGCUGCUUUGUGUGCGGCUGUUUUUGCCAGAGAGACGUUCGAGGGACAUCAGGUUCUUCGUAUCGUCCCCAAGGAUGAAGAGCAUCUGUCGCUUCUCAAGCAGCUGGAGGAGAUGGUGGAGCUUGAGCUGGACAUCUGGAGAGCAGUGACUGAUCUGGAAACCCCUGUGGACAUCAGGGUUCCCAGAAACUCUCUGGAGUCUGUCAAAUCUCUCCUGGAGUCCCAGGAACUCCAGUACUCCAUCGUGAUUGAGGAUCUGCAGACAUUGCUGGAUGAGGAGAAGGAAGAGAUGGAAGUCGCCGCCCGUGAUAUCCAGCCGAGGGACACUGACAGCUUUGACUUCUCCAACUAUCACACCAUCUCUGAGAUCUACAGCUUCCAGAACAUGCUGGUUAGUGAAAAUCCCACCUUGGUCAGCAAGAUUGUUAUCGGGCACAGCUACGAGGGUCGCCCACUCAAUGUGCUGAAGUUCAGCACAGGUGGAACCAACCGUCCUGCCAUCUGGAUUGACACUGGAAUUCACUCCAGGGAGUGGAUCACCCAGGCCAGCGGAACCUGGUUUGCCAAGAAGAUCACAACUGAUUAUGGCAGAGACCCUGUACUCACCGCCAUCCUCAACAAGAUGGACAUCUUUCUGGAGAUCAUGACCAACCCUGACGGUUUUGCCUACACACAGACUAAUAACCGAAUGUGGCGUAAGACCAGGAAGCCCAACUCUGGAUCCAGCUGUGUUGGAGUUGAUCCCAACAGGAACUGGGAUGCUGGUUUUGGAGGACCUGGUGCCAGUGGCAGCCCUUGUUCUGAGACUUACCGUGGCCCCCGUGCCCACUCUGAGUCUGAAGUCAAGUCCAUUGUGGACUUUGUGAAGUCCCAUGGAAACAUCAAGGCCUUCAUCUCCAUCCAUGCUUACUCCCAGAUGCUCAUGUACCCUUACGGCUACACCAGGACCCCAGUCAAGGACCAGGCUGAGCUGCACAGUCUGGCGAAGAAGGCCAUCGAUGACCUGGCCUCCCUCUAUGGUACUUACUACAGAUAUGGCAGCAUCAUAAACACCAUCUACCAGGCCAGUGGCGGCACCAUCGACUGGACCUACAACCAGGGCAUCAAGUACUCCUACACCUUCGAGCUGAGGGACACUGGUCGCUACGGCUUCAUCCUGCCUGCCAACCAAAUCCUUCCCACUGCCAAGGAGACGUGGGCAUCGCUGAUGACCAUCAUGGAUCACACCUCCAAGAACCCGUAUUAAUCACUUUGAAAACAUUUCACCGUUUCAGAGUACAACAGUGCGGCUAUGAGGUGCUUCUUAUGAUAAUACACCAAAUACAUUUGAACA